CCCUAAAGUUGACAGUGCCUUCAGAUUGGAAACACUGUUGUUCUUCAAGUAAAGUCGACUGAAACAAAUGUUUCAAUUGCCUUGAUUGAUGUAAAGAAGUGGAGUUUCCCUGAUUUUCAUCUUUCAAGCAAUGGAAAUUAUAUACAAGUGUGCAGAAGACUGGAGAACCUUGGAUCAAUGACAAAGAAAUUGAGUUUGUUCAAGGGAGAGCAGUGUCCCCUACAGUCCAUUCAAGAGUAUUGCAAUUCAUAAAUGUAUAUACAAGACAUUAACCUGAGUAAUACAUAUCUCUCUGUCCCUCUCAAGAUUAUCUUCUACGAAGGCCGCAACUUCCAGGGCCGCCACUGGGAGUGCAGCAGUGACUGCAUGGACACCUUCAGGCACUUUCAGUGCUGCAACUCCAUCCGGGUCAGUGGUGGUCACUGGGUGGCCUAUGAGAAGCCUCACUACAUGGGCUACCAGUACAUCCUUGGCCCUGGCGAGUACACCGACUACAACACCUGGAUGGGCUUCAACAACUGUGUGCGCUCCUGCCAGAUGUUCUCCCCCUAUAGAGGAUCCUACAGGAUGAGGAUCUACAACAGGCCUGACAUGGUGGGAAACACAAUGGAGUUCAUGGAAGACUGCCCCAAUGUGUCUGACCGUUUCGGCUUCCGUGACAUUUACUCCUGCAACGUCAUGGAGGGUUUCUGGAUCUUCUACGAGCACCCUCACUUCAGGGGACGCCAGUACUUCCUGCGCCCUGGAGAGUACAGGGCCUGUGGUGACUGGGGCUGCCACAACCCCAUGGUUGGCUCAUUCAGGAGGAUGAGGACUUUCACUCUGUAAACUCCACUUAUGCGCAUCUUAAAUAAACAUUAAAUAUUUGAUUUUCAAAUAAAAAUGUUUUUCUUGUGUGCUUAU